AUGGAAAGGAUCAAAGGAGAUAUGAUUGGCGUCGGCUGGGUCAAUCGAAGUGAAGAAUCAAAGACAAAGCUUCUCACGCAGCUGAAGAAUAUGGUUCAAGAGAUGCGAGAACUCCGGCCUUCAGAAGGAAUAGGGGUCUCUUCUGUUAGUGGGGGACCUCUGUUCGAUUGCCGCUUGCCGGGUACUUCUCUACGUUUUGGGCCCUUUUCCAAUGUCCAAAGCUUCCAUCGAUACUUACGAGGUGGUAUGGAUUUCGACCCGGGACUUGACUGCGAAAUUCAGGAUUUGAUUAGACAACACGAUCGUGGUUGGCCUAUCGUGUUCACUCAUGGCGACCUCAGCAGCUUGAAUAUCCUUGUCUGUGGGGAUGAUAUUGUUGGUAUAAUUGACUGGGAAACUGCCGGUUGGUACCCGUUAUAUUGGGAAUAUACUACGGCUUGCCAAGUUAACCCCCAGAAUUCUUUCUGGAUCAAUGAAAUCGACAAAUAUCUCACGCCUAUACCAGAGGGACUAAAGAUGGAACAAACUCGUCAAAAAUACUUUGGAGAUAUCUAA